GCGAAAAACCAGUGCUUCACGUUGGUGUCUUUAUUCAAAUGAAACAGUGUAUGUUGGACGGUGAGUGGAACUGGCCGAGUAGAUGUCUUUUUCAACGAGUGCGCCUUUGGUUCCGUUGCUAGGUACUUAAUAGCCACAGCGCUUGUUGGAUUACGUACAAUUCUAUACAACAAAGGAAGCCUGUGUUAUUGUAUAGGAGCUGUGUGAUUACCUUCAUGCAUGCUGUAGUGUGGGACAAUACCAAAAGAAAAACCAAAGUGUGCACACCGACAUCCUAUAUUGCCAUUGGAGAAAUAAGACAAGUCCUGCUGAAGACGUAUACACGGACUAUCCGGGACGCGACAAUCGGAAGGAAAUUUACUAGCUGUUCUGGUUAUUGAGUUAAACCAGUGAUGAAUUAAGACAUGGUGCUGUUAUGACUCCACCAUUGAUGCAUCUGAAUUGCCAGCAUUUAAAGUAUUGAGGUGUUACACUUCUCGACAUUUUUGGAGAACCAAGGUUUGCAGUCGCAUACAAAUAACAGCGUGUUCGGGGCGUACUUUGACCGACCUGGCAUCCACCGAUCGUACUAAAGCAGUCCAAGAUGGCGAAGCUGGUGAACCUAGUCUUGUUUGUUUCAACACUGAGCGUGAUAAUGGCACAAAGAGGUCCUCCAAGACUUGCUGGCACAGUAAAUGGUUUCCAGAGAGUACGAGUUGGAAGGACUGUGAAACUAUUAUGCAAGGUGGAAGCAGACCCACCUGCCCUAUCAGUUUGGACAAAGGAUAAACAAAAUAUCCAUAAUGCGUGGGACAGGUUCCACAUAUUGAAUCAAGGACUAAAAAUCAAAGACGUGGAAUUAGAGGAUGCUGGACAUUAUAUUUGUAAAGCUACAAAUGGUUUUGGCAGUAUCACCGUUAACUAUACUCUAACUGUGCUAGUUCCACCAAGUCCCAACAAACCAUCCCAUACAGAAGAUGAUGGAGAUUCUCAUACAGUAGAGGAUGUCGAAGAACAUCGAGGCGAAGGAGGAAAAGGAACAUUCCCAAGAUUUUCGCAGCCAAGUAAAAUGUCUAGAAGAACGAUACCAAGACCCGUGGGAAGUUCGGUGAGAUUAAAAUGUGCAGCAACUGGGCAUCCCCGCCCCUCUAUAUACUGGUUGAAAGAUGGCGUCGUGCUUACAGAUGAGGUCGGUGAAAGUAAACGCGCCAAAUGGACUUUGAAAUUACGUGAUUUGGAUGCAACAGACAGCGGAAAAUACACAUGUAUUGUUAAAAAUAAUGUUGGCAAUAUUAGUGCCACCUACACUGUUGAUGUAAUCGAGCAAGUUGGUCCAAGCCAGCCUGAUUUGAUAGGAGCACACCCAUUAAAUACAACGGUGGCAUAUGGAGAGACCGCCUUAUUCCAAUGUCGAGUACGCAGCGAUGUUAAACCACACAUUCAGUGGUUGAAACGUGUUGAAGCGCAUAUGAAAAAUAAAGAAUUGAACACAACCAUAGACUUUGAUGGUGCAAAACUUAUAGUAUUACCGGCGGGCGAAGUUUGGUCAAGACCGGAUGGAGCGUACUUAAAUAAACUUGUAAUACAGCAUGCAACAGAAGAAGAUGCCGGAAUGUACAUCUGUCUGGGAGCUAAUACCAUGGGUUAUAAAUUUAGGACAGCAUUUUUAGAUGUCCUUCCAGACCCUGUGAAAGCACGAGGCAGGAAUUUAAACAUUAGCAGUAUUUUAAAUGAAAUCACACCUUCGCCUUCAACCGCAAUUCCUUUACCGGUGAUAAUCGGAGUACCUGCGGGCAUUUGCAUACUAGUUUGUGUCGUCAUGGUGUGGUGUUGUCAACAACGACGAAAAACAUGCUCAGCCACAACAAACAUUUACAAACAACCACAUCCGCAAAGGAUGGUGACGCAGCAAGAGAGGGAACAGUUUCUCGCCCUGCACCAGCAACAAGCUGCGAUGCAGAAGAGUAGGGAAAAAGUUUACAGUGCUACGGCAGCAGUGACAAUGGAUAGCAAUGGUAGCAGUGUCUGCAGUCAAAUACAACAUCAUCAACACUUACAUGUGCAUCAUUGCUAACCAGCUACCUACCUCAAGGUCAAAGGUCAAAUAAAACAAUGUGGCAUAUUUGUCAUUACAGUGCCUUUAUCUAAUGCAAACUAAAUUGUCUAUGUAGCUAAUGUGCCAACAUCUGUAUAGUCCACCAUGUUGUAUUAUAUUUUCUGUAUAAAGACAUUUGGCUUUGUAAAGCAUAUAGAAAAUAGACAUUAUUAUUUAGUUUCUAAAGUUGAUGGUAGAGAGCGCUAUAACCAUCUGCUGUUGUCUGAAUCCACUAUAUAUUUAUUACUACAUACUCAGACAAUCAGAUACAAAAGAUAUUGAUACAAAAAAGGAUAUAUGUGAAAUAUAAUAUAUGAACUGAAUUUUUCUGAGUGUGAUAUUCAUUUAAUAGAAAUUUUAUAGUAUAUACAAUGUAUACAUUGCUGUGUUAGGCAUAGACAGGGUAUUUUAUGCACAGGCCAUCUACUUAUUAGUGUGACAUAUGUCACAAAGCUUGACAUCAUCAUGACCCUUGCCACUGAGCUUGACAUUAUGAUGACCUAUGUCACUGAUAUUGACAUUAUGGUGACCCUCGUCACAAAGCUUGACAUCAUCGUGACCCUUGCCACUGAGCUUGACAUUAUGAUGACCUAUGUCACUGAUAUUGACAUUAUGGUGACCCUCGUCACAAAGCUUGACAUUAUUGUGACCUGUGUCACUAAUCUUGACAUUUGUGGCAACAUAUUGAAAACAACUUUGCUUCUUCACAUGUUUAUUGUAAAAAAUGGUUAGCAUCUGACCAAGAUAACAUUUGACCAUCAAGUCAACCAUCACCUUAGACAACCUGUGUCAAUCAUCCAACUUGAACAAGAUUGUGUUUUUUUUCUAACUGGCCGACUAACCAUGCACCAUGGACAAGCUACACAUGCUACAAAGUGAAGAAGUUUUGUUCUUUAUUCACCAACUGACCAGUAUGAGGGAGAUUUGUUCUCUCUUAAUCAAGUUGUGAAGAUGACUUUCCCAAUGCUCUAUAAACAAAAUAACACUGUUGCCAUGCCAACAAGUGCCUUACAUGUGCUGCACUGCGGUAUCAAGAUUUCUUGUUGGUGAAGAUUAUACAGAAAACAAUAUGUAAUACAUACACCUAGAUACACUGCCAUUACUGGAAUGAAUUUCAGAAUUUGAAAGCCAUAGUUACAGCAGCCACAGCAGGGUACACAGGUGGUUGAUAAUGUCUGCCACAGUUUGUGGACAUUUUGCAGGGUACCAGUUUGGUAAAUAUAGCUGGCAGAGUAACAGCUAGUUAGCAGGGUACAAGUAUGGUAGAACGGUAUCUUGUGCAAAAUAUAUUUAGGGCACACUGUGGUACUAGAGCUAAUGGGACUUUGCUUUUAUGGUCAAGGCAACACAAUAUAUGUAUUGCAACAAUGUCUUUAUGUCAUCUGACUUGAAGGUGGAAUGUUAAUUUCUGGCUUCGGCAUAAAUUAACGCAUUGGUCUUUCUGUAUGUCAUCUGUCUCAAAACAGGCCAAUAAUUACUUCUUUUCCAUCUAUUAUAUAAUAUUGAGACAUGUAUAAACUUUAUUGUUUUAAAAGCCUGUAACAAUAAAAUUUUAUAAAUA